AUGGCGCCCAGGAAGAACAAGAACAAGAUCCACGAUGAAGGUGAACCCUCUGCCGCUGCAAACAAAAGGAGGAGGAUUGAACUUCUGAAUAGUACGACUGGUGUGCCGUUUACAAACCCUAUCACUCAAUUCCCAUCAAUUCAUCUUCUCCAUCAACACUCCCGCAAUUCUCCACGAACCACCGCCGCAAUCGACACCGAUCUGCAACUGUCUCCUCCAGAACCAAUUCCUCCGGACGAAAGUGCGACUGCUGAUGAUCAUCUUCUGUCUUCUUUAGUAGGACAACAAAACUUCCUUAUCGGUUACCAUAUCAACCAGAGGAUGCUAAGCGUGGAGGAAUUCUGGCGGAGAAACUUUGCGGAAGAAGUGAAAAAGAGGAAGGAGAUUGAAGAAAAGAUAAAAGUGAAAGACGAACAGGCUGUUCGAUUUAGACAAAUGUACCAUUUCUAUGAGGAAAGGGCGUUUCUCUUGGAGGAUAUGCUUCAGCGGAAGGUCGCCGGUGAGGGGUGCAGCACUGCCGCCACCGCCGCCGUUGCAGAGGAGCAAGUUGAAUCUUGUUUUGUUGAUCUGAACAGCGUCCCAAGAAAGGAUAUGGCAUGCAGGAACUGCCGGAGUCGGCCUGCAACCAUGUUGUGGCUUCCAUGCCGGCAUUUGUGCGUAUGUCUGGUGUGUGAGAGAAGGGUUAAGAUAUGUCCGAUAUGCGGUGUUCAGAAAACAGAAAGUUUAAUGAUUAAUUUGCCUCCACCCUGA